AUGAUGACCCCUGUCAACCCGAGUCUUGUGAACCGACUUUGGGCCAAGGUGGAGAAUGUUGACGCCGGAAUCGACCUCGCCCUGCCCGGGCUUCUCAGUCACAGAGAUCCGACCUUCAAAACUGGAGGCAUUAGUUUGUACCGUCUUAGAGUCGAUCUCCCACGUCGGACAACCUCUCCCUUUCCAAACCGAUUCAUUCAUCGGGGCCCUACCAGGCUGACCGCCGACCUCGAAACCCGACGUCGGUCGCUAAAGCCAAAAUUUUUCACCGUUGGGCCGACCUCCGACUUCCUACCUCAGUCGACGGGUCUCGAUCACACCUUCAUCACCAGCUUCAGCCAAUCAGUGCUCGAUUUCACUACAAUCAGCCCCGAAAAGUGA